AUGUCCGGAAAGAAACGCGUCUAUCCGCUCUUCGAAAAGACUGAUUCAUCCUCGGAGAGCGUAUCAAAACGCCCCAAGGGCGCUUCAUUGACCAUUUACUCCUGGAAUGUGGCCUCCCUUCGGGCUGUGGUGAAGGUAAGGGAAUUUGCAAUUGUUUCUUCGAUUUUUAGGUCUUUAUGGACGCGGAAAGUAUUGAAUGUUCCUAGCAUUGCUUUUUUGUUCAGUAAAAUACGCUGUAUAAUUCAAAUUCUUGAAUUUUUGUUUCGAUUGACCUCAUGGAUAAUAUAAUGUCUAAUACUUUGUUUGAAGUCUCGAAUUUUGUGUAAAUUUGGUGUCUAGAAUAAUCAGAAAUUUCCUGUAUCAUGUUUUUAAUCAACAAGGUCAAGCGUUCGACGUAAAAUACGUAGGCUACAACCUCUGCAGCAGGAAGGUCCCAUCAUCAAGAAAAUUUAAAAUUUAUAGUUGGUCCUUAUAUUAUAACGGUCGGAAACACUUGCCUUACAGACAGCUUAUGUCCUUUUGGAAGUUCUCCAAUCAUAAUAAAUAGUUGUUAUUGUCAUAACACUAUUUUUUCAUCAGUUUUCUAUCUACCCUUCAUGAGUAAUAUAAUUUUCACUACAGCCUCCAAAAACGGGUGCAGAAACAAUUGCCGGGUUUGAUGCCGACAUUGUGCUUCUCCAGGAGGUCAAAUGCAACGAAUUUCCACCCGAGAUCAUGCGACUGAAAGAGUAUCCAUACAAAAAAAUUUAUCCGUCCAAAGAAAAGAAGGGCGGCUAUUCUGGAGUCGCGCUGCUGGCCAAAGAAGCCCCUUUAAAGCUGAAUUUGGGGAUCGGAGACAGUCGAUUUGAUGAUCAAGGAAGACUUAUUCACGCGGAAUACGAGGAUUUUCAUUUUGUUGGAGUUUAUGUCCCAAACUCUGGCCGGGGCUUGGUAAACUUGAAGAUUCGACACGAAUGGGAAGUGUUGCUAAAGGAAAAGUUGGUCGAAUUGGACAAAGACAAGCCUGUUAUCUAUUGCGGAGAUCUGAAUGUUGCUCAUGAAGAGAUUGGUGAGUAAUUUUAUUUUUUUGUUUUGGUUUUAGGUAUCAUGGAUAAUAUUGGGUGAAGCAGAAGUGUAGGACGGAGUAUUCUGGGAGAAUUUGGGUUUAAGAGCAAGGAAAUUUUGCGUAGCAGCUAAUGAGACUAAUAACGGAGUGGAUAAAUUUGUGUUUCAUAGAGUUUCGGGCAAUUUUUAAACAUUUACCAAGUAUAAUAUAAUGAAGUUGGAAUAGAGGCUUAAGACCGGAAUUUAUGAUUUUCCUAAGGUCUGAUGGAGACUAUUAAGUUGAAAGCAAAAGGUCGUGGUCUAUUUUUGAGUGUUUUAGAAGAUUUUUAUAUCAUGGAUAAUAUCGGAAAUUGUCAAUUUUUUGAAAAUAGGUGGUUUAAGAUUUUCUAAAAGGCUUUUGGAUGUCUCAGAGAGGCCUUUAGGCUCUAUUUUAUAGAUAUUCUGAAUGUUUUGGCAUCUUUUUUUAAAAUUUUUGGCAUGGAUAAUAUCCAAAAUUUCCUAAAAUAUCUCAGUACCCUCAAAAUCACUUCUAUAGCUCACGUUUUCUUCAGAUCUCAAGAAUCCAAAGUCCAACUACAACAAAACCGCCGGGUUCACGGACCAGGAGCGAAAUGAUUUUACAGAUCUGCUGGCUGCCGGAUUUGUGGACGUCUUCAGAACCUUGAAUCCUGAUCUUGAAGGAGCCUACACUUACUGGUCCUACUUUGGAAACGCCCGUGCCAAGAAUGUUGGCUGGAGAUUGGAUUAUUUUGUGAUCUCCCAACGCCUCAUGGAGAAUGUGGAAGAUUGCAAAAUUCACUCGGAAAUCACCGGCUCCGAUCAUUGCCCGUUGUCCCUCACCAUCAAGAUCUAA